AUGGAUUACGAGAUGGAUAUGGAGCCCACGGGGCCGCAGGUGACCGUUCGCGAGGCUGAACCAUACCGCGUCGAUUUUCGCCUCAGCUCCGUCGACAUCUCUUUCGCCAACUCGCUCCGUCGCGUGAUCCUCGCUGAUAUCCCUACCCUCGCGCUGGAUUUGGUCGAAAUCGAAAACAACACCUCCGUCAUUCCCGAUGAAAUGCUUGCCCACCGCCUGGGUAUGAUCCCCCUCAAUGCGAAGAACUGCGACCAAGAGCUCGAGUACACUCGUGACUGCGACUGCGAAGACCACUGCCCGCGCUGCUCUGUGUCGCUGUCGCUGCACGUGCGUUGUGAGGGGAUCCAUAUGCCUAUCUAUGCGCGUCAUCUGGUACUUGAGGGCGAGCGAUCCAAUGAUCUGAUUGGCACUCCUGUCAUCAAGGACCCCGAGGGCAAGGGUGCUUUGAUCGCUAAGCUGAGCAAAGGACAAGAGAUCAAGUUGACCUGCUUGGCGAAGAAGGGCAUUGCAAAGGAACAUGCGAAGUGGGCGCCCACUGCUGCUGUGGGCUUCGAAUACGACCCGCACAACAAUCUCAAGCACGUCGAUUUUUGGUACGAGCAGGACCCGGUUAAGGAAUGGCCGAUCUCCGAAAACGCUACCUGGGAAACCCCCGCCAACCCCGAUCAGCCCUUUGACUAUGACGCCGAGCCUAACGUCUUUUAUUUCGAUGUGGAGAGCAUCGGUAACCUCGAGCCAGACAUGAUUAUCCAGCAAGGGCUCUUGAUUCUCCAGAAGAAGCUCAUCGAGACCAUCCAAAACCUCAACGGUACCGCCGGGAACCAGGCCGGUGGUAUUGAUGAAGGGGAUAUGAUGGGCGGCGGCGAUCCCGAUGCCUACGAGCCUCCGGAGGGCAUGGAUGGAAACAUGACAUCGUACGGCAACGGUGGUGCCAGCGCCUGGGGCCCCAGCGCGCAGACCCCUUAUGGUGCCACGCCCUACGGCAACGACGCAUACGGCUUCUAG